UGGAUAAAGGCGGAGGGGAGCAGCGGGACUGGGCUUGGAAGUUCUUAUCGGUGGAGCUCAUCCAGAAUGGAUAUAGCACACGGUCUGCUAAUUGCUCCCUUCAAUGAUGGUAACGUGCGGUAAGACAAGACCAGCGUUCCAGCGUUGUUUACUUUCGUGGAGUGGAGUGGAGAUUUAGUAGGCCGCCAGAUACAGCCAGAUACAGGGGGUGGAUGAAUAAUAAUAAAUAAGUUGAUAAGUCAAAGCUUGGCGCCCAAGAGCAGAGCUGCCAGACAUUCAAAAAAAGUUCAAAAGCGAUAUAUCGGCUUGGGGCCAACAGAAUUUAGAAAGUGACACUUGUUGGAAUUUAAACCAAUAAUUUUUUAGCAAGGCAAUGAUUGUACAAUAAUUUGGUUUUAUAAUAAUAUAAUAAUAAAUAUAAUAUAUUGUUAUCUAAGAAUUUCAUUAUGGAACACGUUGCCAAAACUUUCAAAAUGGCGUUUAAGUUGGACUCCUCGUAUAAACAUGGCGGCAAGUAUAGUCAGCGGAAAAGGGUGAGCCUUAACGGUAUUAAAUAACGGUAUUGGGACUAUCGAAAGAACCAACGAUAAAACCGUUAGAAAGCCCACCACCAACGCAGAGGCGAUGUUUAAAAAAUCAAUAUGAAGGCCACAACGUGCAGGAAUUCGCUGAAGUUUAGCAACCGUUAUUAGCCAAUCAUGUCGGGGAGUUGUGCAAACGAAUGAUAGCAAAUAAAUUGCCGAGACUGCUGUUGCAGUGACGAAAUGCCCAACUAAACGGAUCGAGCGCGAGAAACCCGAAAAAAGCGAGUCCGAAGCACCAACAAGGCACCAAGUGAUGGCCUCUUCCUCUUCCUCUGCGCGUGUGAACAACAAAGCCGCCCUCGCUUCCGCUUCCGCCGCUGCUGCUGUCGCCUCUGCUUCUUCCUCAUCCACCGUUCCAGCUCCUGUUCCUAUUCCUGCUUCAGCUACUGCUCCCACUGCAACGCUCGGCGAGCUGAUUGGCCAGCAACUGCAGCAACUCAACCCGGACGAGUUGAUCUACAAGGAUGAGCUGCAACUGCUCCUGCUCCUGACCCCCGUUCAGCGACAGAAGCUGAGCCGGGAGCUCGAGGAUGGCGACAUUGGGGCGAGCACGUCGUCGGCACCGCUCUCCCGCCCGGAGAACCCCGAGGAGGAUGAUGACCUGAUAGGGGCGGUGGGCGGUCUGAGUCUCGCCUCCCCAACCACAACCACAGCGGCGACAACAGCAACGACCAAGGAGCCGCUGCUGGAUUUUAGAACCCACGUACUCAAAUGGUUUCAACAUCUACGCCACCAGACGGGCCACUUCAAGUCCGAGGAGGAGUCGCGACGCCUGCGAGAGGCCGGCAACGAUUCGUACCGCAAGGAGAAGCAUCCGCUCAAGGCCAGCGAUCUCUUCACGGAGGCCAUAUUCUUGGCCCCAGCCCGGAACACGCUGGCCGCCGCUCUGGCCCACGCCAACCGCUCCCUAGUCCUCUACGACUGCGGCCUUUAUGCGGAAUCCUAUGACGACUGCCUAUGCGCCCUGGAUCUGGGCUAUCCGGAGGAAUACUUGCCAUUGAUUAAGCUGCGCCAAGCCGCCUGUGCCUUAAAAUUGCGCAACUUUGCGCUCUGCGAGGAGCAUCUGCACGAGCUCCUGCACGUUGAACUGAACCAGGUCUUCGAGACGCGAACCCACGAGCUCUGGCACCAGUGCGAGGUCCUCAAGGUGGAACGCUUCGAGAUGGCCGUGCAAACGGGCGACGAUUUGGACACCAACGACUCGAAAGCCUUCGAAAUAGCAUGGCUGGAUAACUCGUCUUCACUGCACACCACCCGGGCCGUGGCCAAGAACGCGCUGAUCUUCGAGUCAGAGGCAGUGGCCAUGGUGCCGAGCGGCAACUGCCGGGUGUGCGACAAUUGCGGGAUCACCCAGUUCAUUCCCUUCCCCUGCAUUUACUGUUCCAACCGGCUGGUGGUCUACUGCUCCCGCCAGUGCCGCUUCAAGCACGCCCCGAUCCAUGCGGUGGAGUGUUUCGGCCACCAGAUCGAGUUGUUCGAGUCCUUCGGCGAGGUGUUUGGGAUGCCGCGCCUCCUGCAACUGGCACUCCGAAUGCUGAUAACAGGACUGCCGGAGAUGUUGGCUCACUGCCGGAAGAAACCGACGCUUAGCAAGUUGUGGUCGGCCAUCAACGGGGGACUGGUGGAGCGACAGGAUAUCGCGUACAGUGCUGUGCUGCGUCUGGAGCGACUGAGGGAGGAGCACGCCUCGGAAACGGUGAUUGCUCUGGCCCUGGCCUCCCAUGUCCUGGCAAUAUACCUGAGCAAGUGCACCACCUUCUUCGAGCAGUUGGAGAAGAGCCUGCCGUCAGCCUCCCGGAUGUCGAGCGCCGAGUGGGAGUUGCUUUGUGCCGCGCUCCUAAUGCGUCACAUUGGCCAGCUGCGUCACCGAUCGCUCACACUAUGCCGAUCCUUUGUCAUGCCGGCGGAUCCGCACGUCUUUUCGCCACUGAACGAGUUCCAGUUGUGGGCAUCGCCCAUGCGCCUCCAGGAGGGCCACCUCCAUCUGCUAGCCGGCGAAGUGGCCGUCGUCUCCUAUGCCGUCUAUCCAGACACAUUGAGUCUCUGCCGGCACAGCUGCUCCUCGACGAUCUGCUCCAAGCAGUCCGGCCGCAAGAUGACGGCGCUGGCCCUACUCGACCUGCCGGCGGGCUCCGGUAUCUACAACUGCUUCGCCAGUGGCAACUAUCAGCAGUUGCGCCGGGAGGAGCGCACCAGACAGCUCAAGGAUCGCGGCAUCAGGUGUCACUGCAAUGCCUGUCAGCUUUCGCACGCGGAUGAUCAGUUCCACAAGUUCCAUCGCUACCGUUGUGAUAACCCCAAGUGCAUGGAAGUCUUCACACCCGACGCCCUGCCCCACGCUCCGAAUCUGCGCUGGUGGUUAUCCGAGGACUAUACCCAGCCGGAGUGCAAUGGCGCCGAGCUGAUAGUGUGCCCCCGCUGCGGCGAGGCCCAGAAACUGGAGUGGUUCUGGUCGUUCCACACCUCGCUCAUCGAUUGCGAGCUGAUCGAGGAGCGCUGCAAGCUGUACGCGGCCAUCGAACGGGCCGAGGGGCACCUGAUGGACCUGCACGAGUGCAAGGUGGCCCUGGCCAGGCUGCUGGUGGAGCAGUGCCUGAUGGUGCACAGAGAGGGUGCCACCGUGCUGGACGACUGGGAAUUCAACAAGCUGGGCUCCAUCAUGCGAGCCGUACUCCCCGGCGUGAUGGCCCAGUACGGCGGACAGUCGAUCGAGUACGUGAAGUACUUCGCCUACUUCUGGGACGUAAUGGCGCUGAGCAACUACAAGUGCAAUGACCGGGAGCUAAUGCAAAUGCUUAACGCUUUGGAGUUCAUCGCGGACGAGUUCAAGGAUAUAUUCAUAAACUACUACGAGGAUUAUAUUGCGCCCAAGUUUGCUGAAGAGUCCUAUGGCAGUGUCGUAGAUACGCAGGUUUAGAAACUAAUUCAAUGGAUGGGCAGGCGAGCCGACUCAGAAGCAACUCAAAAAUACUUAGAUCUGUUUUACUCUGUAGAGAAUACAACAAAUAAUACACAAACAAAAAACCAGAAAAAUUUAGGAAAAUUCUAUUGUUGAAACCAUGCGAGAGACACAUAACAUAUAAUACAUGCAAGCGUACUUUGUGCUAUUAUUAAAAAAAAAUGGUGCUGAGAUAUUAAAUUGUACGAAACGAAUGUUACAUUCAUUUAGGUGACUAAGUCGGAGCAAGUCGAUGAUGGAGAGGAAUCAAAACGAUCAUACAUAUUAUUGUACUAGUAGGAGUCAUAUCAUGCACAUUUUGUUCAUAUCACACCUAGGAAAUGAUUAACUGAAUAAUUAACUGAUCGAUUGAUUGAUAUGGCAAAUGACUUUUUCAUUUUGCAUUGCGAGCAAUAUUUACGAAUCAUCAAAAUGCUAAAGCUGCUACUUCCCGGGGGCUGCCCACUGGUCGCUCUUUUAAAUUUAGUUCAAUUUUAGGCCCUUAUCCGGAACGUCUCGGGCGCCCAGUGAGCAGCCCCACUGGAUCUAUUAAGUAAACAAAUAGAUAAAUGCAACUCUAAUUAUAAGCAUUAUUUUAGCUUCUGAGAAGCUUCUACCUAAGCUUAGACACCAAUCCAAUCCCCGAUUGUUUGCAUUACACAAAAUUAUUUUUUAGUCCAAACAUCCAGAGAAGUCCUUUAAUCACAGACAUAUGUAUUUGCUUGCCAACGGGCAGCCUGACUGUAAGCUUUUAAUGCUUAAAAAUCAGAUAGGAAUCAAACGCAAUCGCUGCAGAAACAAACAGACAAGAGAACAAUUUAAAUUAAUUAAUAUUCAAAUUGUAUUUAACAAACAAAAUGUUUUUCAAACCUCGCCUUAAUUUUUUGAAAGUGUUUUGGAUUAUACGAAUUAACGAAAUAACGAAAAAAUCAAAUACAAAAUGC